AUGAGAAGAUUUCCACAGACACUCGCGAGUAUCAACGCCACACGAAGAAUUUCGUUCCAGAAGUUCUUACAAACAGAUGCAUCGUUCAAAACACAACGCACAAUCAUUAUACAGCUCCAUUCUCUGCACAACUUUCUCGUAAAGAAUGGUAUUCUUGCAAAACAAAAACCUCGUCCACUCAGCACAUCCAUUCCGCCGUUUGAGCAGGCGUACCAGCUGCAUCUACAGAAAUUGGCACUGUUUGACCGAAGUAAAAAGAUUUACAAUCUGGUGUACCACUCCUCACUGCACAAUCAGAUGACCAAGAUCCUUUUGCUUGCGCUGUUUUCGAACAAUGAUGCGGUGAUUCAGAAGGUCAUUGACUCAGGAUACCCGCCUGACAUUGUUAAGAGAUGCAUUCCGCUCUACCACUAUUUCUGUGCCACAGGAAAUAAAACGCUAAUGUCGCAUGUUGCGUACAAGGCAUCAUCUUUCUUUGGCCUGAGUGCAAGCAUCAUAUUGUCAUUCAAGGGAAAGUUAGAGCUUGACCGCAUCGACUUCGCAUUUAUGACACUCAAGCAGUACCUCCUUUUCAACGAGUUCCGUGGUAUCAACACGAUUGACAAAAAAGUGAACAAAUUCCUUUCUGGAUACUGCGGGUACAGCAGUGAGAGCAGCGUAAAUAGCAGCAACACCGAAACGAGCUCGCAUGACAGCGACGAGUCUUUUAUACAUUCACAGCUGCAGUUUGAGCGAAUACGCAACGAUAUUGACCACAAGGUGCUUUUUCCACUUGAUUUCCUGUGCAUACGUAACGAUUUUCGUGCCGUCGAGGAGUUGCUCAAGCACACUCCUGAUUUUGCCACGCUUAGCAAAUUCUGUUUUUUGCUCCAAUCCCACGCGGGAAUAACGCUUAAGCUACUGCAGUACCGCGCAGAUCCGAAUCAAAGCUUUCGCGGAUACACGCCUUUGCAUGUCGCUGCACGUAUCGGCAAUUUGGAUGUAGCCGCGAUCUUCAUCGCUCUGAAUGCAGAUUUAGACGCCAAAGAUUACUUCAACCGCACACCGAUGUACUAUGCUAAGCUCUACAAACACGAACGACUUGUUGAUCUUUUCAACCAGUCAAAGAACAAAAGGAUAUUGCCGUAUGUCAGCACCGAUCUCAAGUUCCUAAACUUUGAUAUUUUUGAGGGCGAGUCGUGCCGUGAGAGAUUGCGCCUUACCAAGGAGCAUCUAAAGCGAGCGAUGGAAAAGCAGUACCAGAAGAGAAGGUUUAUGAUCGUAUCGCUGUUCAGUCUUACAGCUGCCAUUAAGACCGUACAAACGAAUAUUAAGAUGUUGGAAGAGUGGAAGAGCGAGAGAGUGUGUUAUACAGCGCUGAAUAGCUAUGAAAAGUUUAAGUCUAUCAUAAUAAAGCGAUGAUACGUCUUCCUGAUCGAGAUGUGACCAAAAAUAUUUUUAAAUACCGCAAACGCGCCGUGUUAAAGCCCUUCUAGAGAAUCACAAAAGAACACAUUUUUUGGCUCAUUCAAUUAUUUUUAAUGUCUGGUCUGCAUAGGAGCACUAUGGCGAUCCUAGGCAGCGGAAACAUCUAAAACAAGGGGUACAAUGGCUAACACUACCUAUUGAUUCACUCGUUCAUCAGUGAAAGUUUUCCGUGGCAAUUACCAUUAGUUAUAUCUUCUUUAAUACAUUGCUGGUCCUGUUCUAUUGAGAUAUGCAGCCAUUUUACAUGCUUUUCUUGUCUCAGUAUUGCUGUAGAACACAUUUUCUAUGGAAUUGGUGCGGUACUCGUUUCUUGAGGUCAGUCCCUAAAUUCACCCGUCUAUUUUAAACCAGUGUAUAAUGACGUGUCGAUGAAGAAUCAAUGAAUGUUGUGCAGAAAAGUUGAUGUAGUGAGAACGCUGCAAAUAUUUUCAUGUUUCAUCUAUACUAUGCUCUUUCCUUGAUCUCUAGGCGUACCAACGCGUGUUAUUAAAGUUUCUGUA